AUCACCGCCGCCGCCCCAGCCCACGCCGCCAUUGUCUGCGCAUCUCCACCUUGAAUCGUGCACAAUUCCUUUGAUUCCGGCUGUAUUUUCUGGUCCUCUGUGUGUUCCGGAGUAUUGGUCGUCGCCAGGUGUAGCCUUUCGCCAUCUUUACGCCCUCAUAAUUCGACCUCUUCAAGAUGGGCAUCUGGGACUCCCUAACAGGGCGGAAGUCCAAGGAAACGGCUACACAAUCGCCCCAAAAUUCCGACUUUGUAAAAGAAGACACCUUCCAACCCACGCCUUUCGACCCCAACACGGCCAUUCAGAACCCCUCAGAAUUUCUUCUCGAUCCCUCGCAACUGCACCCGCUCGCUGGCCUUAACCAAGGCACACUCGACUAUCUAUCACUAGAAGACUCAGUCCUAUCAGAUCUACCCGGCGCACAAUCAGCCCUCCCAUCUCGCGGCUGGUCAGACGACUUAUGUUAUGGCACCGGAGUAUCGUAUCUAUCUGCCCUAACAAUUGGGGGAGCAUGGGGACUAGCUGAGGGGCUACAAAAGAACCCGCCGAGUAUGCCGCCACGGUUGCGAAUCAACGGUGUACUCAAUGCGGUAACCCGGAGAGGGCCUUUCUUGGGCAACAGCGCGGGCGUGAUUGCCAUGGUUUACAAUGGAAUAAACAGCACCAUUGGUCACUACCGGGGGAAGCAUGAGACAAGUAACAGUAUAGUGGCGGGCGCGCUGAGUGGCGCCCUCUUCAAGAGCACACGGGGGACAAGACAAAUGGCCAUUAGCUCGGGCAUAUGCGCGACUGUGGCAGGAGGCUGGGCUAUAACACGAAAGGUCUUCUUCGAGCCCGACCAAAGAGCAAUCGAUUAGAUAACCUUGCUGCACUUUACGCGACGGAAACGCUCUCGUCAUCGUCAUCGUCCGGGCACAUUUCCGGACAGGCGCGGCCACGUUACUUCUCUUCCAUGUUCAACAUUACUUGCAUCUACACGGUCCAUCUUAGCGAAUAUUCCUCACCACUCCACGGGUCUCGUGCCCACUGUACAAUAGCUGGCGUUCAUUUGGAAGAAAGACCUGAUGAGGGUUUAGAAAAAGGGCAUGGUGCUGGGAUCUGCGCGUCUUUGAGCGGGCUAGCUGUGUAUUAUGUACGUAUGUAAGACGAACUGAUGGAAUCAAAUUAAUGAACAUUUGAUCGAAUA